GGCCGCCGGGCCCCCGUCACCUGCCGCGGGGAGCGCUGAGCCCGUUGAGAAUCUGUCUCUGAGAACCUGAAACUUUUCCUGCCGAUACGCCGCCCGCCCGUAUUUCCCAGCAGCCUUCCACCCCAGAACGUUCCAGAAAGAAUCCCACAGGGAGGGGGUCACCUCCCUGCUGCAGCCAAACAGACCUCACCCACCACUACCAGCGUUAAGUCAGAACGGCCAGAGGAAGAUUCUGCCAGCAUUUCCCUUGAGCUGGUCUGCAGACCCCCUCGGCUGGGAACCUGUCCCAGGAGCUCUCCGUCGGCAAACAGAGAGCCCACAGUGCCUCGGGAAAAAUUGGCUGAAUAAAAGGGCAAUCAGGACGCCACGGCUCCGCCUGAAGCGAUGGCCCAGCCCUACCCCCCCGCCCAGUACCCCCCUCCGCCACAGAACGGCAUCCCCGCCGAGUACGCGCCACCCCCUCCGCACCCCACGCAGGAGUACUCGGGCCAGACCCCGGUCCCCCCGGAGCACGGCAUGACCCUGUACACACCAGCACAGACCCACCCCGAGCAGCCGGGCCCCGAGGCCAGCACGCAGCCCAUCGCUGGGGCCCAGACUGUGCCGCAGACAGACGAGGCGGCACAGACGGACAGCCAGCCGCUCCACUCCUCCGACCACACAGAGAAGCAGCAGCCCAAGCGGCUACACGUCUCCAACAUCCCCUUCCGGUUCAGGGACCCCGACCUGCGGCAAAUGUUCGGGCAAUUCGGAAAAAUUUUAGACGUGGAGAUCAUUUUUAACGAGCGGGGCUCCAAGGGUUUUGGGUUUGUAACUUUUGAAACUAGCUCAGAUGCUGACCGAGCCCGGGAGAAGCUGAAUGGGACGAUCGUAGAGGGACGGAAAAUUGAGGUCAAUAACGCCACAGCCCGCGUCAUGACCAACAAGAAGACUGCGAACCCCUACACUAACGGCUGGAAGCUAAACCCCGUGGUGGGCGCAGUCUAUGGGCCUGAAUUCUAUGCAGUGACGGGGUUCCCCUACCCCACCACGGGCACGGCCGUAGCCUACAGGGGCGCGCACCUACGGGGUCGGGGCCGGGCCGUGUAUAAUACGUUUCGGGCUGCGCCGCCCCCGCCCCCCAUCCCAACUUAUGGAGCGGCACUGGAGCAAACGCUUGUUAAAAUGCCAGUCCCAUGGGCAGGGCUGGCACCCUGCCCCCUCCCUCCUCAGCAGACGCCGGAGCCGGCCUGCCCACCACUCUCUUGUCCGUUUGCUUCCAGGGUCGUGUAUCAGGACGGCUUUUAUGGUGCUGAGAUUUAUGGGGGCUAUGCAGCCUACAGAUACGCUCAGCCUGCAGCAGCAGCCGCGGCCUAUAGCGACAGUUACGGCAGAGUCUAUGCGGCCACCGACCCCUACCACCACACCAUCGGCCCCCCAGCGACCUACAGCAUCGGAACCAUGGCUAGCCUCUGCCGAGGAGGGUACAGCCGCUUCACCCCCUACUAGCAAGAGGGCCCAGCC